AUGCUAUCCCGCCCAUUCUCGUACAACGUGGCUGUCAAGCAGACCAAUCUGCUGAUCAACGGCAAGUUCGUACCCUCGUCCAACGGCCGGACCUUCGAGACGUUCAACCCCGCCACAGAGGAGAAGAUCGCUGACGUGUCGGAGGCUGUCAACGUCGAUAUCGACGCUGCAGUAGCUGCUGCACGUAACGCGUUCGAAGGUCCAUGGCGGACUAUGUCGGCCGAAGACCGCGGUAAACUUAUCUACAAGCUCGCUGAUCUUAUUGAAGAAAACAUUGACGAGAUCGCCGCUUUGAAGGCGCUCGACAACGGAAAACCUUUUCACGUCGCCAAAGAGAACGACCUGCAACUAGUCCUUAAAACUCUUCGCUACUACGCCGGCUGGCCCGACAAGAUCCACGGCUCCGUUAUCCCCGUAUCGGGCCCCUAUCUCUGCUACACCAAAGCCGAACCCGUCGGUGUGUGUGCUCAGAUCAUCCCGUGGAACUUCCCUCUGCUCAUGAUGGCGUGGAAACUGGGCCCCGCUCUUGCUGCUGGCAACACUAUUGUGUUGAAGCCUGCAGAGCAGACCCCGUUGUCUGCUCUUCGUGUCGGUGAGCUGAUUGUUGAAGCUGGGUUCCCCAAGGGCGUCGUGAACAUUGUGCCUGGUGUAGGGGCCAAGGCUGGUCGUCACCUCGCCCAGCACCCCGAUGUCGACAAGGUCGCGUUCACCGGCUCCACGGAGGUUGGCUACCAGAUCAUGCGCACGUCGCACGUGAGCAGCCUCAAGCGUAUCACUCUGGAACUCGGUGGCAAGUCUGCCAAUAUCAUCCUCGAUGACGCUGACAUCGACCUUGCCAUUCAGCAGUCGCAGCUUGGUCUGUUCAUGAACCAGGGGCAGUGCUGCAUUGCCGGAACCCGUGUGUAUGCCCAAGAGGGUAUCUACGAUGAGUUCGUGCGUCGCACAGUCGAGGCUGCCAAUGCUCGUGUGGUCGGCGACCCAUUCGACGCCAAGACGGACCAGGGCUCACAGAUUGACGAGACCCAAUUCGAGAAGAUCCUGGGCUACAUCGAGGAGGGCCAGAAGGAAGGUGCCAAGCUGCUUGCUGGUGGUAAGCGUCACGGAAACAAGGGCUGGUUCAUUGAGCCCACCGUGUUCGCCGACGUGACUGACGACAUGACCAUUGCUCGUGAGGAGAUCUUCGGCCCCGUCAUGUCCAUUCUCAAGUUUAAGACCAUCGACGAGGUAAUUGCGCGUGCCAACGACCCCGUCUACGGUCUGGGCGCUGGUGUGGUGACGAGCAACAUCGACAACGCCAUCAAGAUCUCCAACGGCAUCCGCACAGGAACGGUGUACGUGAACUGCUACGACGUGUUCGACUCGAACACCCCGUUCGGUGGCUUCAAAGACUCGGGUAUCGGUCGGGAGAGCGGUGAGCUGGGUCUGCGCAACUACUUGGAACACAAGACGGUGAUCAUCAAGCGCCCGGAGGACUCGAUGCCUUAA